AUGAUCUGCCUCGCGCUAGCGCUGUUCGCCUUCGUGCUGCAGAGCGCCCGCGGCGCCAGCGAGCGCACGUUCGUGGCCGUGAAGCCGGACGGCGUGCAGCGGCGGCUGGUCGGGGAGCUCGUGCGGCGCUUCGAGCGGCGGGGGCUCACGCUGGUGGGCAUGAAGCUGGUGCAGGCCUCCGAGGAGCUGCUGCGCGAGCACUACGGGGCCCUGCGCGAGCGGCCCUUCUACCGGCAGCUGCUCAAGUACAUGAGCUCCGGGCCCGUGGUGGCCAUGGUCUGGCAGGGCCUGGAUGUGGUCAAGACGGUCCGCACCAUGAUCGGGGAGACCAACCCGGCUGACUCCAGACCCGGCACCAUCCGAGGAGACUUCUGCACUGACGUCACCAAAAAUGUGAUCCACGGCAGCGACUCGGUUGAGAGCGCCCGCCAGGAGAUCGCGCUGUGGUUCCGCCCAGAGGAGCUGGUUUGCUGGGAGGAUGCGGCUGAGCACUGGAUCUACAGCUGAGUGCUGCAUCUCGGAGCCAUCGGAGCAGCCCGAGGGAAGCAGGGCUCCCUCACUCGGGCACGAUGCAUUUCCAUCCAUUUCAUUUCAGCCUGCUGGGCUGGCUGUGGGUUCUGCUGCAGCAUCAUGUUCUGUUGGGGGGUUCUGUUUUGGAUGUGCGUGGAGGGGUCAUGGGAGCUGUUCUGUGAUUUUUAACUUUGCAGUUCAGCUCCUUGCACUAGUAGCUAUUCCUUUUUCUCAUCUGCUGUAGUAAGUAAUUAGUAUUGCUCUUCUGUUUGCUGUAGCAUCCUAAAAUCCCAAGUCACUAAAGGUGAUUUACGGAAGGAAAGCAAAACUGUGCUGCUAACUGCUAGGAAAGGUGCUCUGAUCACUGGGGAGGAGUCAUCCGGUCAGCAUCAUCUAUGUGUAUUGCUGCAAGGUUCCUCACCAAAGGAGGUUGUUUCU